AUGUUAUUUAUUAAUAAUGCCAUUUACAAUGACGUCCCAACACCUUGAGCUGUAUUCUUCCAAGAUUCAGCUACACCUAAUAUGGAAGGUAUCGUAGAAUUACAUAAUAAUAUUAUGUUCUAUUUAAUAAUUAUAUUAUGUUUAGUAUCUUACGUAUUAUUCAAUUCUAUUAUUAAAUUUAAUAAUAGUAAUAUUAUCUAUAAAUAUAUGAAUCAUGGUCAAUUAAUUGAAAUUAUUUGAACUUCAUUCCCCGCAAUAAUCUUAUUAGUUAUUGCUUUCCCUAGUUUUAUUUUAUUAUAUAUUUGUGAUGAAGUUAUUGCUCCAGCAAUGACAAUUAAAGCUAUCGGAUUACAAUGAUAUUGAAAAUAUGAAUACUCUGAUUUUAUUAAUGAAAAAGGAGAAACAAUUGAAUUUGAAUCAUAUAUUAUACCAGAAGAUUUAUUAGAAGAUGGACAAUUACGUAUGUUAGAUGUUGACGCACAUUUAAUUUGUCCAGUAGAUACUCAUAUUAGAUUUAUUGUUACAGGAGCUGAUGUAAUUCAUGACUUUGCAAUACCAUCAUUAGGAAUUAAAGUAGAUGCAUCACCAGGUCGUUUAAACCAGACUUCUGCAUUAAUACAACGUGAAGGUGUGUACUAUGGACAGUGUAGCGAGUUAUGUGGCGUUGGACAUAGCGCGAUGCCGAUUAAACUUGAAGCUGUAUCCCUGAAUCAAUUUCUUACCUGAAUUGACGAACAAUAG